AUGUCGACACAAUUUAGAAAAUCCAACAGCAAGCAGUCUCUCAAAAAACUGGAUCCAGAGCUUAAAUUUAAGCUGGAAACAUUAACAGAACUUUUCCCAGACUGGACAAAUGAUGAUUUGAUCGAUCUAGUCCAGGAAUACGAUGAUCUGGAAACUAUAAUUGACAAAAUUACGUCUGGUGCAGUGACCAAAUGGGACGAGGUGAAGAAGCCCUCGAAAAAGGAGAGACAGAGAGAGCAGCAGGCACAGAAUUCACAACUGGAUAGCGAGCAGCAACAAGAGCAUCACACGCAUACGCAUAGCAAUAGCAGUGUAAUAAAUUCGCAUGGCACUAGCCACCACAAUAAGUCAUCCAGGUAUAGCAGCAAUCCACGAUUCGGCAAGAAGCAGUCGACACGGAAGGAAAGAGCAUCCGUGAAACACACCGGCAACGCCGCCAAUACCGAAAACUUGAAGCCAGCUACGUCGGCGGCCAAGGCUGCUGUCGCUUCCACAUCCUGGGCCGCUAUGGCUGCAGACAAAAAGGUAACUAAGGAUGCCAAGGACGAGGAAGUACAAGAGUUUAAAGAGGAUCAAAAGGAUAUCCCACCGGCGCAAGAGGAACAACCAGAGAAGUCUACAGCAUCAGAACCAGAAGUGGAGCAACAAAAUGAAAACAAGGCAGCUGCAGUGGCUGCUGCGCAGACCGCAGUUCAAACUGAUAAGCCGAAGAAGAUGACUUGGGCUGCUAUCGCAACCCCUAAGCCAAAGCCGGAGGCAUUGAAGAAAAAUGAUGCUUUGGAAGAACUGGAAGAUUUGAAGAGAGAAAUAAAGCAAGUUGCUAAUGAAGACGACGAUGCUGUUGAAAAUGAGACUUAUGAUCAAGAAAAAGAUGUUCCCCAGGUGAUUGAGCAGAUCGAGGUAGUGGAAGUUGUUGAGGAAUAUCCGGAAAAGGAAUCUGAGGAGGCUACUGCUCCUGUAGAUGAAACUGUUGAAGAGGCCUCUCUAGAAGUGGAAGAGGCGCAGCCUAUCUCUGCUCCUGAACAGGUCACGCUUACAUCCGAAGCUGAAAUUGUGGCUUCUCAACCUAGUUACGACGCGGAAGAGAAGCAAGCUCAAGCUGCAGCUCAGCAGCAGCAAUCAUUUUAUCAACAACAGCAGCAACAAGAACAACAACCUCAACAAUCUCAACAAACACAAGCACAAACACAAUCCCAACCACAAGCACAAGCACAAGCACAGCAACAAUUCGCUACUCCUCAGCAAGCUCCACAAACCCCUCGUCAACUUCAACAACAACCUUUACAACAACAGAAUGCUGCUGCCGCCGCCGCUGCUGCCCAACAGCAGUACUACAUGUACCAAAACCAGUUCCCAGGUUACUCUUACCCAGGUAUGUUCGAUAGCCAAAUGUACCCAGGAGCUUAUAACCAACAGCAAUAUGUUCCACAAUCUCAAAAUGGUACUCCUGCUCAAACAGCUGCCGCUCAACAAACUCAAUCUGGCCAAUACUCUGUACCACCAGGAUAUACUAGCUCUGCUAGAGACAUGGCAACUGCUUCUCCAGCUACUUCUCAAGCUCAACUACAGCAGCAACAGCAACCAUACGGUGGAUCAUUUAUGCCAUAUUACCUACAUUAUCAACAAUCAUUCCCAUACGGCCAACCACAGUAUGGUAUGGCGGGUCAAUACCCAUACCAGGUAACUAAGGUUAACUAUAUGAACCAAUAUCAACCUCAACAACAGGGUCAAACCCAGUCUUCUCAAUCUCAACAGGGCGAAGAAGCUUCUCAGAGUCAGCAACAACCAACUGCUAACCCACAACAAUCACAAUCUCAAGGAUCGAGCCAGCAAAAUCAGGGUCAAAUGAACGCGCAACAACAAGCUCAAUUCCAACAAUAUUACCAAUUCCAACAACAACAGCAGCAACAGCAAGCUGCUGCCGCUGCUGCAGCUCAGCAAGGAAUGCCAUAUGGCUACUCGGGUUAUGAUUACAAUUCUCAAACAUCCAGAGGUUUCUACUGA